UUACGUUUGGCGACCAGGGGAUUCGUGCUCGGAGCGAUCUGUGGCUUGUAAAAAAAGACAGUCAAAUUCUUAUGAGUCGCUAGAUCAAUCGGCUUGGAGGUCUCUUCCUGCCGAAUAUGCUCGAGGAAAACUCAUACGAACCCCUGGCCGAAGUCUACCUGAGCGUCGGUGACAGCUACACCAACGAGGACAUCUACUGCCUCUGCAGUCGUGUCGUGAUCAGGGCCAGGAACGAAGAAGAGGAGGAAGUGGCACACGAACUGACCGACAUUCGGGAGGAGCAGUACUUCGAAGGUGCUGUCAUUCAGGAGGUCGUCCAACCUCAGCCUCAGGUCCAGAUCAAAAGAAAAGAACACGAGGAGGUGCUGAGCUGUUACUGUUCAGCUUCGCAUUGUUCGACCGACGAGCACGACAGCGUAAGAGAAAACGCGCUCCAUUCUGAUUCGGGAGCCGACCUUUCCGAGAGCUCAAGAGACUUAGAUUGGGAGCGUUACUGGGCGACACAUGGGGAGACAAUCGUCUGGGAGAGCUGGAUAAAGAAGUACGGGGCUUACAUAGAUCCCUGUUAUCUAGCCGGAGUGCAGGCAGUGGAAGCAGAUCCUGAGGAGACUCAAUUCAAUGUGACAGGAUGCGAAAACGGGAAGAAAUCAUUUUCUGGUUUCUUGGAUGAGGAAUAUCAUGACGUUCAGGAAAUAGACAAUUCCUCUGAAACGUCUGAGAAAUCGGAUCAUGGUGAUGAGUACUUCAGACUACGAUCUUGCUCAAGAUCAUCAGGCAAAAGCUCUCUACUCACCGACUCACUGACAAAUGUUACUCCCAUGACCAUUUAUUCAUCGGAGCUGAGUUGUCCUGAGGAAUCGUCGGGUCAGAGCAAUUCCAACUCCUUCCUCUCCUCGUCCGCGGACUCUGUCUCGUCGAACGAACAACAGUGGCAACAUCUCUGGCAGGAGCACUUUAACGAACAGUACAUCGCAUCUUACAAUGCGUUCGUUGCGAAAAUCAAUGAAAUAAUUCCCUCUGACACGUAUGACAAUGUUUUUGAAAGUUCCACAAAAUCUAUGAAUGGCUCCAUCGACUGCAGCAAAUCCACAGAGUUAAUUUCUGAAAAAAACAAUUCAGACGAGAACAAAGAAAACAUAGACAUUACUGAUGUCGAGUUUGAUUGUACUUCUACCUCAUCUGACUCAAAAAAAGCCAAGCGUAAAUUUAACAUAAGAGAAGCUCAGUCUGUUGGAUAUCUUCUUGGAAGUUUAAAAACUUUGAGCAUGGAACAAGAAGCAAAAGUCAAAGCAAGUUCGUCUUCUCCAGAUAACGAUGAAACGACAGACAUAAGUAAUAAUUCAGAACCUCCAACUGAAAUUCCUUUAAAAAGAGGUUCAAAGCGAGUGCAUGAAAAAGACGACCCGAGUUUAGACAGAGUCAAAGGCGCUUUCACCCUUAUGGGAUUUGUUUUUAAACCGGCAGAAAUACGUGUGGAAAAGUCUAGAAUAAGAAAGGCCCAUGUCGUUUACCGUAAGAGGAACAUACGAUCGCAGAAUCGGUCCUUGAAUAUGAAAUCUGUUCAGCCGAGGCAUAUCAGAUUUGACGAAAACGGAUUCGUGAUCGACAAGUCAUCGAGCGCGGACCAAGAGUCGCAGUCCUACGUGGUCGACAAGUGUCGCAUCGAGCUGGAUGACUUUUCAGAAAAAGACGACUCCUCUUCAGACGAGGACUUCGUCUUGGCGGAUGAAUGGGGCAGCCAAAAGAUAAAAGAAAGGCAGAAAAAGAAAAAAAUGAGCAAAAAGAAAACAAAAAUUAGGAACAGCCUGCCAAAGGAAAUGCUUGAAAAUAAUAAACUCAUGAAAUACUGGUACAACAGGUACCGUCUCUUCUCAUUGUACGAUCAGGGAAUUAAGUUGGACAAAGAGAGUUGGUACUCUGUUACACCUGAAAAAGUCAGUAAGCACACCGCAGAAAGGUGUAAAUGUGAUCUCAUCAUCGACGCGUGCUGUGGAGCUGGAGGAAAUGCCAUUCAAUUUGCUUUCACUUGUGAAAAGGUCAUCGCUAUUGAUAUCGAUCCUGUUAAGGUCGAAUUGGCAAAGCAUAAUGCCUCCAUUUAUGGUGUCAUGGAUAGAAUAGAAUUUAUAGUGGGCGACUUCUUCGCACUGGCCCCGUAUUUGAAGGCGGAUGUCAUCUUUUUGUCGCCUCCCUGGGGCGGCCCGGGUUACCUCUCGAGCGAUUCGUUCUGCCUCGACAACAUCACGGUUGAAGGAGGAGGGAAGAGGCUGUUCGAAACCGCCUUGGCCAUCACGCCCAACAUCGCCUAUUUCCUCCCAAAAAAUAUCAACACCGAUCAGCUCAUGCAGAUUGCCGGCCCUGGAGGAGCGGUCGAAAUCGAACAGAAUUUCCUCGAAAAGAGGCUCAUCGCGAUUACUGCGUAUUUUGGGGAACUGGUCGAAGCGCUAUGAAUCAGUCUUUCUUCGACCAAAACGUUAUGGUCGAUAACUCAAACAAAUCAGAUCUAACAAUACUACCUUCUAAUUUGUAAACUCCAAUUAUUAUACUAUAUAUAAUAUAUAAUAAUAUUACCUAAUUUUCCCUUUCCCUCUAAAUUAGUAAAUCUGUAAAAAGCAUUUUUAACAGAUCCACUAAUUCCAUAGUAUUUUAAUUUUAUUUUAAAGUGUGUUUAAACAAAAUAUAUAAAAUCUAGUCUGUCAA